AUGGAUGCCAAAUUACAAGAACGAUAUGCUGAAGAAAUCAUUCGACGUCUUCCUAAAUUUGGUGGUUCUCAUUAUGAAGAUGUUAGUCAAUGGUUACAUGCAACUGAAGAACUAUUUGAACAAGCACAACUACGUCCAUCUAAUAAAUUUAUAGUUGCACAAUGCUAUUUAACUGCUACUGCUGACAAAUGGUUUCGACUUGAAAGGUCAACUAUUCAUGAUUGGGUUACAUUCAAAAUCGAAAUUGUUAAAGCAUUUCCACCAUUAUUUAAUCCAAUAUUAUUGAAAGGGGAACAAUGUCGACAAUUCUCUCACGUUUCAACUUCAUCAAACUUCUCUUUAACUUCAACAAUACCCGUAAAGAAACAACAUACUGAACAUGAUCUUUUAGCUCCCCUUAAUGAUAAUCAAAUUGAAUCAUUCGAAGAUUUUACAGAUGAAAAUUUAAAUGAAUGUUCACAAAAAUAUACUUCACCUAUAUUAGUUCCUAUCAAUGAUAUUGAUUUAGAAAUUCAAUCGCAAUGUAACGAUGUAUUAACUGAUUUUGAUACAUUAAACCAACAAUAUGAAUCUGUUAGUGAAAAUGAUCCUAUUACACAUGGUGUUGGAGAUACUAUUGAAGUUUUUACUGAAACUAUUUGUACCGCUAUAACUGAUGAUUCAUUAACUAAUACUGCUGCAUCACAAGAUGUUCAAUCUUUAUGUCCUGAUCCAUAUCAAUUCGAUGAACCAACAUCGAAAGUUAUUCAAAGCAGUACAUUCAAUAUUUUCUAUCCUGAUUUACUUGAUAAAACUCGACCACAAUCAUGUUCUCUUAUUGUGUAUGAAGAUAUUGCACUUAAACUUAGUAAUCUAGAAUGGAACUGUUCAUCUCGACGUGAAUUUCGAUAUAUUUGUCACAAUGGAAUAUUUCAAGUGCGAGUUUCUUUUCUUCAAUUUGGAAUGCAUUUCAACGAAGCAUUCCCUCCUGAAAAUUUCGAUUCACAAAAUAAUCAAACACAAAAACAACCUCAAACAUGGUCUAGAGUCUUUGCUAAUAGCUCUUAUCAACAAAACUCUACUGGAAACUAUUCAAUCGUUUGUCAUGCAGAUGUUGAAUCAGUAUCAAUCUUCUUUUUGACUGCAGCCUUUGUUCUUGCUCUCGCCCUUCUUUUAUUCAACAUAAGUACUACGCUUCGAAGACUCACACGAAACGAACUCAUUAUUCGAACCUUAAUACAUAUAAUAUACGCCAUUAUACUUUUUACAACAGCACUUAUUUAUACUCUGACACGGUCUUCGUGCUCUAACUGCAAAAUAUUUCUUUGUUUUUGUAUUAUCCCGAUUCCAACAACAAUAUGUAUGACUUACAAUUGGUAUGACUGUGAUGAAGAAGUUCAUCCGCAUCAACGACGACCUACAGACAGUCAAUCGUCGUUUCAACUAACACCUUAUGCUUCUAAUAGUUUACCAUACAGUCCUGGAAGAAUAGUUUCUUAUCAACAGCAGCAAUCAUCAUUAUCAAUUCCUCGUCGUCCGCCAGAAAAUAAUACUGAUCCUCAAUUAGAGAACGAAUUCAAUGAAUGGUUAGAAGCUCAACAACGUCAAAACUAG